GAGACAAAAGAUUCCCACCUUGUGCCAAAGGUAUAUAAGAGGGUGCAACAGAACAAAGGAAACUGCAGUCAUGAGAAAUCCCCUAGCUACCACCUGAGCUGGAACAAGGACUGUACCAGGGGAAAGGAUUGGGCCCAGACUAGAAAGGAGUCUAGUCUCUGAAAGAAACUUAUUGGAACAUCUCUGAGGGUGCUUCCCAGAUCCCAGCCUGCCCCCGGGCCUCACCCCCCACCCCACGAUGCUGUGUCUCCGAAUCGCCAGCCCCAGCCUGGCCCUGUGCAGUCUCCUGCUGCUACUGGCGGCUCUGGGCUCCAACCACUGGCUGCUGACGAAGGAAAACUAAGUCUUCAUCCAUUCGGGGCUGUGGAAGUUCUGUAUGAAUCUGAGGUGUCUGAUACCUUUGACUGUACCAGAUCUCAUGAGGGCCAGCAGGGCUUGCCUGAUCCUGGCUGUGAUCACUGGGUUUCUCUCCUGCUUGGCUCUCCUCGCCUUGUUCUUCCGCUCCCACCUCGGCUCUGUGUCCCUGACCCUGGUCUCCGCCGUGGGCAGCUUCAGCGCCGGUCUCUGUGCCACCGUCGCUAUGGCCAUGUUCACAUCCCAAAGCACGAAGGCCAUGAUGAGUGCCCCAGCUCGAGUCCACUUCGGGUGGUCCUACGUCCUCGGCUGGGCCACCUGCCCAUUCUCCCUCCUAGCCAGUGUGGCGACACUUUUUUCACAAGGAUCCUCGUGGAGCUGAGUGUGGGGCCUGCGCUGCCCCCUGGGGACAGAGCUGGGAGCCGGACGGAGCAUGUAGCCUGGCCGGGCCGAUUCCCCCAGCCGCCCUGUGUGUGUGUGUGUGUGUGUGUGUGUGUGUGUGUGUCCCUGCGGGCUCCCACAGAUCCGUGAUCCGCCCCCAACAGAGUCCCCCCUUUCUGUUCCCUUCCUUUCCCAGACCCACUUGUUCCAUGGAGAUUAAAGGGCCAGUUCUCAGA